AUGUCCUCGAAGAAACGGUACGGAACAUAUGGCCGAGCAAUAACAUCUCCAGCCCUUCUUUCGUCUUCCGUCGGUUGGACUCGUCCUGAUGCCACGUCACAAAUCGAUCGUUUGAGGUCUCAAGCAACAUCGGUGAUCAGUCCUCCACCACAUGAAUACGCUGUUCCACAUGCAUUUGGAGGUGGAAGUAGUAAUGGAACCCUUGCAUCAAGACCACCGGCGGAUCCGAAACAACCACAAAGAAGUCGGGCGGAACGGUUGAGACACCGAAUCAGUGAGAGAAGAACGAAUGCCUAUAUGAUCCCUCCAUCGAGUACGGGAAGAGAUACAGCAAUAGAUGCAUUGAUGAACAAAUAUCUGAACAAAUCGAAAGAAAAUUUAGAAGAUGGAAGGAAAAGUAGAGAAAGUAAGGAUAGAAAAUUUCUGAAAACAAAAACAGGACUAUUGAAAAAAUAUGUUCAAGGUUCGCGAGCCCAGGAAUUGUUAGCUAGAACGAAUCGAGAGACAUCUCCAACUAUUGAUUCGCUGAUGAAAAGAUACGGUAACAACAAUGCAUCAGCACAUCGGAUCAAAGAUUCAACUACCGUAUCCAGGAGAGAAUCCAUGGAGAAUACUGAAAACGAAAAUUCUAAAUCACUGGAAAACAAAUCUUGCAAAGAAGCACGAUUGAGUGGCAGUGAUGUUAGAAUUAAGUGGGAGGUAACAAAUCAGGAGGUCAAACCAACAUCUUCUGUGAAAAGAUUCAGUAUUACCAUUGAUCCAUCAGGCAAGUGA